AUGGCUACUUCACCAUCUCAGCAGGUUGACACUUCGUCUCUUCCUCCGCCUGCGCCAUCGCAUGUUAUAAAUAUUCGCGUCGAACAAAUGCAUCUCGUUAUUGUUUACCAGCAUUUGUCACAAAAUGUUCAGAUGACAAUGGAGAAUAUGCUUAAGAUGAUAAAUGAAAUUGAUCAAAACUCUUCGGGAAUAAUGGAAGAGGUAGAGAAGUGCAAAGUCUCUGCUCUUGAAAAGAAGAAAAGUUUGGAGGAAGAGAAGGAACGGUUCCAGAAAGCUGCAUUCACUGUUUUGGACAUGCUGAAUAGCAGAGAAUGAGAACUAAUUUUGUCGAAUGUAUAAAAUGAUAAGAGUCAAAUCCGUCAUCUUAGAGAAAUCGAGGCUAAAGGGAGCAAAU